UUUCGAUGCUAAAUACCCAUUUCUACAUUUCUCAACGUAUGGCUUCCACUAAAUGUGUACCGACAGGUUUUGCUUUCUCUGUACUUACUGUUAUUAUUUAUUUCUUUAGCUUUGUUAGAAGCAAGAAUGAACAUAUUCUUAGCAAUUGCAAGUUUGAUGCCAUAUAUCAGCUGGGGGAUUCCAUAGCAGAUACUGGUAAUUUUGUGCAAGACAACCCUUCUUCGGUAUUUGCAGGGUUACCCUACGGUGAAACCUUAAAGAAACCAACUGGCAGAUGCUCUGAUGGCUUGUUGAUGAUUGAUUAUAUAGCACUAUCUGCUGGACUUCCUUUUCUUGAUGCCUACUUAAACAAAGAUGGAGUAUUUUAUCAUGGGGUUAAUUUCGCUGUUGCCGGAGCUACUGCCAUGUCUGUGGAAGAUUUAUACAAGAAAAACAUUUCCUUUGUGCCUACCAGCAUGUCUCUAAGUGCACAACUUGACUGGAUGUCUAACUAUUUCAAAACGACUUGUCAUUAUGCCAAAGAUUGCUUCAACAAAAAUGGAAGAGCCCUUUUCAUGGUUGGGGAGAUAGGAGGAAAUGACUAUAACUAUCCCUGUUUCCAAGGGAAAAACUUAGCCGAGGCUAAGACAAUGGGGCCCGAGGUUGUCCGAUCCAUAAAACAUGCUGCAAAAAGAGUUAUCGGAUAUGGUGCUAAACGGUUGGUUGUACCCGGAAACUUCCCCAUAGGCUGCUUUCCUGUGUAUCUCUCUUUAUUCCAAACGAAUGAUGCUAGUGCUUAUGAUGAACUUCAUUGUCUAAAGGAGUUGAAUCAGUUUUCAGUUUAUCAUAAUGAUCUUCUUCAGAAAGCAAUUGAUGAGCUAAAAGAAGAACAUCAUGAUGUGAUCAUUGUCUAUGGUGACUACUACAAUGCAUUCGUGUGGCUUUUCACCAAGGCUAAUAUGCUUGGUUUUGAUCCAACAUCAUUGCAAAAAGCCUGUUGUGGACUCGGAGGAGACUACAAUUUUGAUCUUUCAAGUUUGUGCGGAGAUCCAGAAGUAACCGUGUGUGAAAAUCCUGAUGAACGACUGAGCUGGGAUGGAAUUCAUUUGACGCAAAGAGCUUAUGAGUUAAUGGCAACAUGGCUCAUCCACGACAUCUAUCCGAAACUUCAAUGUGAAUAUGUUGCUUCAUAUAGUUCUGCAGCCUAGUUUCUGCAGGAACUUGUUUGGUGUUCCAUCUUCAAAUUCACUGUUGUACAAAGUACCCCAACAAAAAAAUUCAUUACUG